GUAAACUAUGAGUGGCAAAUUUUACCCUGUGUUUGUCUUGUUACAAUAGGACUAUCCAAGAUAACCUACAGCUGUUGGAGAUACUGUGACCGUGUGUAGACUUUGGUCAUGAGGCACCACCUACCUUCUCACAAGUGACAAAUACACACAGGAAAACUGGAGAGUGUAUAAGGUGACAGGCUGUAGAUGUGGCACUUCUAUGAUUAUGUCUGCCGGUCACAACAACCCAGGAUUCAUGAGGACUGCACUGAUCAGUCUGCUGAUAAUCAUCUCUCAACAAAUUUCCUCAUGUUCUGGUCAAGAUGUGUGUGUAAGGUUGGAAAAUUGGGUUAUCCAGGUACCUGAAGGAAAUACAACAGGCCAGGUAUUGAAAAGUGUUAAUGUAACAACCACUGUGGCGCAUAGCCUUGAUCUGACUCUUGAAAAUGCAGGGCCGGAUGUCCUGAGCUUGGUCGAACAGGAUAACAACUUGAAGAUUGUUGUAAACACAAAUCUUGAUGCAGAAAAUGCGUCUAGGCCUAAUAUACAAUAUCAACUGACUUGCACAUCUAUAGGUAGGCCUUUGCAUUACCAACUAAAAUUGGUUGUCGUGGAUGAGAAUGACAACUACCCAGUUUUUAAUGAGAGACUGAAAACCAGUUUAAACGAGUCAUUAUCAGUAGGAUCUGAGGUGUACAGGUUGGAGAAUAAAGCUACAGAUGCUGAUAUCACUGAAAAUGCAAUAACAUAUUCCAUCACAGCUCAGGAUCCUCUCUAUAAUAACACAUUUGAAAUCAGCGGAUUGAGUUCUAUUGGGUCAGUAAUAUUAAAAAGCCCUUUGGACUAUGAUUCUGGACAGAGACAAUACCUUUUAGUUGUGACUGCUUCUGAUAAUCAGAAGAGCAGCACUGCAACUCUGACAAUCAAUGUAGAAGAUGUGGACGAUCAGAACCCAGUGUUCAAUAACACGGGCAGAUACAUAUGGAAUGUUGAAGAGAACACGACUCAGACUUUUUUUCAGGUUUCUGCUUAUGAUCCGGAUACCGGAGUAUUACCUAAGCCCAUGAUUAAGUACAACUUAAUCACAGAUUAUGGAAUGUUUUCCAUUAAUGAAAGCACAGGCAUAAUUACACCUUCCCGUCCACUGGACAGAGAACAGAAUCAAACUUUGUACCUUUUUGUUCAGGCCUACCAAGAUGAUAAGCCAAGUUUUCGGGUGGCUUCCAAAUUACUUGAGGUGAAAGUUGAAGAUGUGAAUGACAACCCACCAGUGAUGUCCCCUCUCAGUUACACCAAAAGUCUCUCUGAAAACACAGCCUCAGGUGUGGUGGUGCUACAGGUGUCGGGGUCUGAUGCUGAUCAGGGUGUUAACGCACAGUUUCAUUACCACAUAAAUCGGACAGAUCAGAUUAAUAAUGCCUUCAUAAUCAACCCCACAACAGGAGAAAUAACAGUGAAUGAUUCAAAUGUGUUAGAUGCAGAAAAGACUGAAGAAUUCAAUUUCAAGGUCUUUGCCAGAGAGGUGAACACUGUGGAAAAGCGGGAGUCACAGGAAGCUAGUGUCCGGAUCACACUUUUGGAUAUGAAUGACAACAGUCCAUUGUUCAACAAAUCUCACUAUGAAUUCACGAUCAACGAAACUUUACCUGUAGGCAGUUUUAUAGGAAGGGUUUUUGCAACUGAUGCUGACUCUAAAGAUUAUGGAGACAUAGUGUAUAAUCUGGAGAAUUCUGCAUCCAGUCUUCCGUUCAAAGUGGACAGAGUGACUGGUAACCUGACUGUACACGGGAACAUCUCAGUUGGCACCUUUACACUUUAUGUGACAGCUUCAGAUCAACCACAAACAACAGCUCCUCGAAGGUCCACUGUGCAGGUGAAGAUUCAAGUCCUGGAUGUAAACAAUCACAAGCCAAGGUUUACUUCCCUUCAACGAACCUUUAAUGUUACAGAGGGAACUGAGAAUUAUCUGUUGACCUAUCUGCUGGUGAAAGAUGAGGAUAGUAUAGAUAACCUUCAUUGUGAUCUACUGGCUGGGGAUGGAACAAAGUUUGAUGUCAGGUUCUCAGAUGAUAUAGCAGGAUGUUCGGUAAAAGUCAUUGGAGACAUUGACAGAGAAGCCACUCCCGAGUACAAUCUGACAGUCCAGGUGUCUGAUGGACUGCAUAAUGACACUGCAGUUCUGUCUGUCCGUGUAAUUGAUGCCAAUGACAACAGUCCUAUCUUCACACUUCCUGUCUUCGAUUUCUCUGUGACUGAGGGGAUCUAUGCGGGCCUGCUUGUUGGCAAAGUUCAGGCUACAGAUGCAGAUGUAGGAGUCAAUGGACAAAUCAAGUACACUCUGGAGAACGUACUUCAAGGGUGGACUAUAGAAGAAGACUCUGGGAAUAUCUCCUUCACUGGGAAGUUGGAUGCUGAAAAUCAACAGAUUCUACAAUUACUGGUUAAGGCAGCAGACAGUGGCCAGCAAUCUUUGAUCAACGUGACCAGAGUUUUGAUCACAGUUUCUGAUGUCAAUGAUAAUUCUCCAGUCUGCUACCCAGAAUCAGUUAACUUGUGGAUGAAAGAAAAUACUCCAAAAAAACUUCUUUAUGAUGCCGGGGCUAUAUGCAGUGAUGCUGAUGUGGCUUUGGAGAACAGAGAGACUGUGUUCAGAAUAGCUAGUGGUAAUGAAUCACUGUUUGGUGUCUCAGAGGAUGGAAGACUUUUUACCAAAAAGACAUUGCUCCUAGACAGCAACAGUCUAACUGGCUACAACAUAACAUUGGAGGUGUACAACAUCAGAGCAUACAGUAAUGAUUCCCUGAGGAACGCUACCUUACACGUGUACCUUAGACUCGUGGAUGUGAAUAACGAAGCUCCAGUGUUUACAAAGAGUGAGUACAGAUUUAGUGUGGACGAAAACUCACCAGUGGAUAGCAUAGUUGGCAGUGUGAUUGCUACUGAUGGAGACUCAAGUGCUGAAAAUAGUGCAAUAUUCUACACUAUUACUGGAGGCAAUACUCAAGGCUUCUUCAAGAUGAACUCUGAGUCUGGUCAAAUCACAGUCAACACCUCUUUUGACUAUGAGCAGCUAGUUAGCAAAAACUUCUCAUUACAGGUACAAGCUGUUAAUGGCGAUCCUUCAGCUACGCCAGGCAGGAGCGGCUCUGCAGAUGUUAUAAUAACCAUUCUGGACAUCAAUGAUGCCACUCCAAUGUUUUCCAAAAAUAUUUAUAACUGGAAGAUAAAUGAGAGGCAAACAGAGUCAAACUUGAGCGUGACAGCUACUGAUGCAGACUCUGAGGACACUCAACUGUCCUACAGAUUUCUUUACAAUACCAGCGUGCCAUUUGAAAUUGACCACGACACUGGCUUGGUACAUUUGACCAGAGCUCUGGACUACGAAUCCAAGCAGAGCUAUGAUAUACUAGUCAUUGCAGUGGACAAGGGACAACCAGAGUUGACAGGGUCAGCAACUAUCCAUGUGAUGGUUCAGAAUUUGAACGAAGCACCGGUGUUUCUGACGUCCAGUUAUGACUUCAGUGUCCGCGAGAGUGAAGCUGUGAACACUUACGUAGGCUGGCUGUCAGUAAUGGACAUAGAUGGAGAUUACAUCAACAUAACCAUCAUACCCAGCUCAAUCAAAUUUCAUGUCUCCCCAUUGGAAAGGCUGAAUGAAGUCAACAGUACAGUUUGCUGUUCUAACAAGCGAGGUGCUCAUUAUCACAGAAGUGAGGAAGGACUGUUUAGCGUGUGUGAGAACAACUCACUGCCUUGUGUCUGCGUGAACCAACCCUUAGACUAUGAAAACAGGACAGAAUAUCACCUUCUACUGCAAGCUUCAGAUAAUGGAAGUCCACCCAGAGAAGGAUAUGCUGAAGUAAGGAUUCUGGUAGAAGACAGUAAUGAUGUUCCUCCCCAGUUCUCUCAACCUCUCUACACUGCCUCAAUAUCAGAGGGCCAAGGACCUAUUAGUAUACUCAUGGUGUCAGCAAGUGAUACAGAUUCUCCAGUGUUAAACUACUCAGUGGUGUCAUCUUCUUAUGGAAAUUCAGCCGACUUUGAGUUCAUAGGUCGGCAGCUGGUUAGUCAGGCUGGUAUAGACAGAGAGGAUGCACAGCUUAUGUCUGAGGGAACAAUGCAGUUAAAUGUAUCCGUGAGUGAUGGAGUACAUUUUACCUAUGCUCUGGUGAAUCUUAGUGUAACAGACAUCAAUGACAACACACCCAGCUUUGUGGGCGAUCUACAGAAAACGAUACCACGUAAUCUACCAAAGGGUUCAGAAGUCAUAAAAGUUAGAGUGGAAGAUUAUGACCCCACUAAUGAAGGCUUUACAUUCUGGCUCUAUGACAGCAUGGGCAUUUUUGCUAUCAACAGAAGCAGUGGAGUUAUCUCCCUUACAAAAUCACCCAGUUCCAGUGAAUCUUUUGAAUUUGAUUUGACUGUGUUUGUAAGUGAUCACGGAACGCCACCUCUAAUAAAUCAGACUACAGUUUACAUUAAUAUUUCUGAGUCUAAUCGAUUCAGACCAGUAUUCAAUCAACAAGAGUACACAUUUCAUAUCAAGGAAAAUAAGCUUGGCAAGGUUGGUGAAGUGAAUGCAACAGAUGAAGAUGGUCCAGAUUCAGGUGAAGGAAUGGUUCAAUACAGGAUUGUUGGUCAAAAACAGGAUCGUUUUAAAGUGAAUGCUACAACUGGGGAAAUUUACAUAUUAGUGCCACUAAACAGAGAAGAGCAAUGUCAAUAUCAUUUGAACAUUGAGGCCUAUGACCAAGGAGCAAAUUCACGAUUCACUAAAGUCAACGUUACUGUUGAUAUUGACAAUGUAAAUGAUAAUCAUCCGGAGUUUGAUAACACGUCUUCAAGUCACACAGUAGCGAGUAAUGCUGUGAACUUGAAUGUUUUUAAAGUAUCUGCCAGUGAUGCUGACUGUGUACCUGAGUGUGGGCAUGCUGACUGCGCCCUGACCUAUACACUGGCCAGUACUAACGUGACCAGUGAGGAGGGCAACAUCACAAUUGAUCAGGCUGGGCAGGUUACAGUACAGUUCCUUAAAAAUUCAACUAUUGGCAAAUCCAUCGUGUUAAACAUUACUGUGUCAGAUGGGCUGACGACGGUGUCAAAGAUGUUUACCAUGUUUGUUUACUCCCCAAGUGAGUUACCUAAAGCCGACAGUCCUGGCACCAUCACUGUGUGGGAAAAUGGACCACAAGACCUUAAUGCAACUCAGUUCAUCACUGAUAUCAAUGCAACUAUUGGCUCUAGAGGUUAUGACCAGUGUCUGCAGUAUUCCAUAUCACAAAUCUCGGGCCUCCAUCAACGAUAUGCUGUAAAUUCAAGUACGGGAGUUGUUACAUCCACAUAUCUGGACUAUGAACAGAGUUCUCAUGACAUCAUAUCCAUAGAUGUGUUGGCAAUGAUAGAUUGUGAUGCUGUGCCUCCAACACCAAACCCUCUCAACAAAACAUCUGUUCAGGUGAAUGUGAUUGUCCAGGAUCUGGAUGAUUGUGCCCCAAAGUUUGAGAAGUCCACCUACAGCUUGGAUUUGUCUGAGGGAACCCCACUAGGCAGUACUGUAGAAGCUGUGACAGCCUCAGACUGUGAUGGUAAAGAGGACUACAAAACCUUCACCUACAGCAUAGAUCCGGCGAGUAAUGAGAAUGGUACCUUUGCCAUCAACAGCUCAGGACAUGUCACCUUACAAAAGAGAUUGAGCGUCCAAACAACAUCAGAGUAUAACCUUAUUCUGUUGGCAACAGGUGUUCAUAAUACAACUUUCAUUGGCAAAGCAACCCUGCGUGUAAGAGUGCUGGAUAUCAAUGAUAAUGACCCCAGGUUUCUUCAGAAUGUGUACCACUUCAGUGUGUCUGAGGACCCUGGAGUAAACCGGCAUGUUGGGUUGGUGAAUGCUACAGAUCCCGAUCAGGGUGCUAAUGGACAGCUUUCUUACUCCCUUACCUAUCAGAGUGCGAAUGGUACCUUCAGAAUUACACAGGGAGGUGAAAUACUAACAGCUAGUGCUUUGGACCGUGAAAAGAUUGAUCACUACAUUAUGAUCAUUACUGCUGAAGACCAUGGAGCACCCAGUAGAAAGGGAACCUGUGAAGUGAUUGUGGAUGUGACAGAUGUAAAUGAUAACAGUCCACAGCUGAAAGAUGAUACAUACUGGGGGACUGUGCCUGAGAAUGUCAUGGAUGGCAGAGUUAUCAGAGUUGAUCCCCCCAUAUUUGUAACUGACAAGGAUGUGGGAGUGUUUGGACAGGAGUCAGUAGUUCUACAACUCAAAGGGCAAGGCAGCGACAUAUUUGAAGUCUACAAUCGCAGCAUUCACGUAAAGAAAAUGAAUGAUUCCCUGCUGGACAGAGAAAAUAUGCCAAUGUACAACUUCACGCUUGUAGCUAUAGAUGAGAAUGGAAAAGGUCGUAACAGCACGGCUCAUCUGCUCAUAAAGAUCACAGAUGUGAAUGAUGUAGAGCCACAUUUUGACAGAGGUCACUACCAGUUCAAUGUAUCGGAGAAUUCUGGUGGCAGAGUGGUGGGGAACGUGACCGCCUCUGAUGAGGAUACCACAGGGUUUAUCAGAUAUCACAUCACUUCAGGAGGGGAUGGCAGAUUCUAUAUCAACCCUCAAACAGGAGAGCUGCGGGUGCUGGACGGCCUGGACAGAGAGGCCAAAGAGCACUAUGUAUUGAACGUGACUGCCUCAGAUGGUGUGUUUGAGCCCUCAACUGUUGUGUCUAUAACAGUGCUUGAUGAGAAUGACAACAGUCCAUACUUCAGCCCUCAGCUGUAUCACAUGGAGGUGACAGAGGAAGAGAGGGGAGGGACUGUGGUGGGGCAAGUCACAGCACAAGAUCACGACCUAGGGCUCAAUGGACAGCUGAUUUUUACAUUACUUAAUAAUGAAGACAACUUCACUGUAAACAGCAGCUCUGGAGUAAUCAGCACAGCACGACGCCUUGACAGAGAGCAACAGGAUGUGUACAGCGUGUCUGUGAUGGUGAUGGAUAGAGGGAUACCCAGCCUGAACAGUUCCAUUGUGCUUACUGUCACACUGCUUGAUAUCAAUGAUAACAGCCCCAGAUUUCUCCCACAAAAUAUCACCAAGUUAAAAGCCAGCAUUCUGGAGAAAACCCCUGUGGAUUCUGUUAUUUCCUGGCCACGGGCAGAAGACCCUGACAAAGGGGAUAAUGCCGUCCUGACUUAUAGUCUGAGUGGGCCUGGUUAUGAGUAUUUCAAGAUAGACAGAGACACUGGUCUAGUGACAGUCAGGGAUCGUAUAGAUUUGAACACACUUUUGUCUAAGGGUUAUGUGUUGAAUGAGACAAAUGCCACUCUGAUGCUUAAUGUGAGUGCGAGUGAUGGAGGCAUGCCCCCUAGACAAACCUCUAUCCCUCUACAAAUUGAUGUGGAGGGUAUCAGCGAUCUGGCACCCCAAUUCAGCAGAACUACAUACAGAUUUACUGUCCCUGAAGGUCAGGGUCCGGAUGUGACAGUUGGUUAUUUGGAACUACAUAUCUCCACCCUGAACAGUACAGCUGUGGCUCCUCAGCCCCAUUACAACAUUGAGGACACUCCUGGAGCUAACACUCACUUUGUGGUGAAGCACCUCAACUCGUCUCAACAGAAUGAAGGAAGCUGGAUGUAUGGGUCCGUGUUGAAGACCACAGCCAAUCCCAUGGACUACGAGACAGAGACAGAGUACAUACUGAUCAUCAGAGCAGGGGAUGGCAAGGUUCCAGAGAGGUCUGCUUAUGCUGUGGUGAAAGUCUCAGUAGAGGAUGUAAAUGAUAACAGCCCUGUGUGCCCCAGCCAGCCUCUGAGCUUCUCUGUGGCCGAGAACGAGUCUGACCAGCUGGAUAUCGGUCAGGUUGUGGCAAGUGACCAGGACUCUGGUGACAAUGGAUUGCUGAUGUACACCUUAGUUGACAAUACCAUAGCCGAGUUUGAGAUUGACCCAAGGUCUGGGUCCCUGUUAGCUGUCAUGCCACUGGACCGUGAACUGGAAUCAGAGUAUUCUCUAACAAUUCUGGUACAAGAUAAUGGGACAUCCCCCAGGAAUUGUUCUGUGGCAGUGUCAGUGACUGUGAAUGAUGUAAAUGACAAUUCUCCUGUGUUCUACAGUCCUGGGAAGGGAAAUGACACAGACGUGUACGAAGCUUCAGUGCUUGAAAAUGCCAUUCCUGGAACGCUGGUUUUUCAGAUGUACGCAAAUGAUACAGAUGCUGGGUUAAAUGGCACUGUGUUUUAUUCCCUGAAUUCAACUUCAGUUAACAACUUCUUCAUCCAUCCUAAUGAUGGGAAGCUGUUUACCUUGGGUAAUUUGGAUUUUGAGACCGUGUCAUCAUUCAACCUGACGGUGCUAGCGUAUGAUGUUGGUAUCCCACAACAAAGUAGUGAGGCUAUGGUGCUGAUAACAGUGCUAGAUGUGGAGGACACCACAGUGAUACAGCCACUGUACGAGUUCUACAUCAGUGGCAUCACCCAACUUCAUUCUGUCAUUGGUAUCAUCAAGAGCACAGAAAAGCUGCACUUUAACAUCACAGCUGGCAAUGCUGAAGAUACCUUCAGUGUGGAUCCUGAUAAUGGGGAGAUAACUCUGUUAAAACCACCUGGUGUGAGAUCGACACCAUUUAAUCUGACCAUCAUGGCAACCAACCACAAAUCCCCACCAAAAGCUCUGUUUACCAGUGUGCUGAUCCACAUUGAAAAUACAGUGUUAACUGUGGUCCACUUAGAAAACCAGGAACCGUAUCAGCUAGUUGUGGACAUCAACACAACAGAGGAGCUAGCUGGCCAGCCUGUCACUUACACCUUUGUCGAUUUCAGUUAUCCAGAUCUAUUCAACAUAAGUAGCUCCACUGGUAAAAUUUAUGUCCUACAACAGUUGGACAGAGAGGAAGUGAGUGAAUAUGUGCUUUUGGUCCAUGGACAGGUGACCCACAAAAGCUCAAGAAGAAAGCGUGCAUUUGGGGAUAAUCCUGGAGAUAUUCGUGUUGUGAUUGAUGUAGGAGAUGAAAAUGACAAUGCACCUAAAUUUAAUACAAAUAAGCUGACUUUUGGUCUUCCGAGAAGCUCCAGUUUUAACUACCUGAUAGCUACUCUCACUGCCACAGACUUGGAUGAGGGUAACAACAGUGCUAUAUUCUACUCCCUGAGCCAAGGGGACACAAACACCCUGAACAUUGACACCUUGUCAGGAGAACUUCGCUGUGUUCGUGACCUGGCUAAGACUCUGAUCAAUCAACUCAGUGUUGUGGUGAAUGCUACUGACAAUAUGGGUCAGGGACAUAGUGUACAAGUGGCCGUCACGGUUGCUGUGGUGUCUGACAGUGACAGGGCUAUCUUAGUGGUUGGUCACCCAGUCAGGGCAGUGAAGGACUUUGUCCCAGACAUACAAGGUAACCUGAGUGCCAUCCUUGCCUAUAAUGUCCAGGUAGAGUCAGUUGAGCCUCACAUCGCCCACUCAGAAACUGGCUCCAAGCUUAACCCAGAAAUGUCAGAUAUAUACAUCCAUGCUAUUGAUCCUAAGACAGGAGAGGUGGUUUCCCAAGAUGCCCUUCUCAGGAGACUGGCGGAAAAGACUGAUGAAAUAGAAGAGUUUUUUAGUCGUUUUAAGAUUAAGGAAUUGACUCGGUUGACUGUGAGUCAUGAUGCCUACACGAUGUCAUUGUCAGAGAUCGCACUGCUGUGUCUAGCGGCUGUCAUAUUUGUGGGUUCCAUCUUGUCCAUUGGUGUGGUCAUCUACUCCUCCAGGCAAUAUGAGUUUGAAAAGCUGCGUAGUCAACAAGCAAAUAAUGCACGAGCCAAGGCCUCUGAGCUUGUGAACAACCCUGCGUAUACCCAGACAGUGGAGAACCAGUUUGACAAUGACUCGGCUGAGCCACUGGAACUGCAUGACAUGAGCUCAGAGAUGAAGAAAAUGGUUCUGUAUGAGUCGCAGGAGUUGACCAUGGAUCUCUUCUCGGAGACGUCUGACUAUGUUGAGGAGGCUGACAGUUCUGUGUCCGGGGACGGUCAGCCAUUAGGUGGCCCUAUAGAUGUAGUGGUACAGGAGGCCCUCUCAGGCCCACCUUUCGCGGAGAGAGGACAGCCUGUUGGGGACUCGGGCAAUGUCACUGAGGUAGAGGCCCACAGUGACAAGAAUUCCAAUAGUAGUGAUCAGUUAGGGCCCAAACCACCCACCAGCUUUGGUGUCAUUGAUCAGGCGUUCAUCUUCGAGGACAACAACAGUUCUUUCCCCUCAAAGUCAGAAGUCCACACAAGAAAGAGUGACCACGAGUUGUCUCCUCUUGGUAAAACCUCUCCAAAAGCUCCCAGCCGUAACAGUAGUGUGAAAGGAACAGUGGAUGGGGAAGAGAAUAUUGAUGCUGUGGGUGACCUAAAGCCUUUGUCCAUAGUCAGGGGUCAUAAUUUAAGAGGUCAUAAUGAUGAGGUAACUAGACUGUAACAGUAAAAUUCACCUCAAAGGUUAACUGUUUCUACAGAUGUACACAGGUAGAUGAAAGAAGACUAAUCAUUUACUAGUUGCACAUCACAAGUAGGUAGGGUUGAUCUUGAACCUUAUAGUUUGUUUGGAUAGAUUUAUGACAUUGAUGCAGUAAAGGCUCAGGGACUGUGAUGUAUUGUAUCAAACAGCUUCCAUUUUGUACGUUUAGAAGGCAGUGCCUCAGUAGUGUCUCGGUCGGUUUCAUGAAGUUUACUUAACUGCCAUGGCAACGUAUGUUGUAGAGAUGUAAAGUGCAUUUAGCUAAGGGCAACUUAACACCAAGUAAGCUUCAUGAAACUGGCCCGUUGUCAACCGAAUAUUUCUAGUGUAGAAAUGUAAUACACUUAACCUGUAUGUAUCAUUUCAUUGAACUUAUUGUGGAGCAAGACUGCUGUAAAAAAAUUGUUGAAUUCCCUGUUUAUUCAAUAGCACUUAGCUUUAGAAUCAUGAUCACACUGAAAACAUGAUGACUGUUUAUAAAAAUCAUUGUACUAGUACUUACAUUUUCAUGUAUAACAAUAGAUACAGGUAGCUGUAAUAUUUUACAUUUACUUUUUAUUGAGUACAAAUUGCAUGGAUUUGUCUUUCAUUACCUUGAGAAGUUACUUUCUAUCAAGAAAUGUACAGAACCUGUUCAGUUCUUAAGGAAUAUAAAUAUUGGUUGUGUACAUAUGUAUGUAUUUAUUUAGUUAAUGUUUGUAUAUUUAUGAAUUACAUAAGAACAUGUAGUGAAAUAUGAGUUUAUGCAUGUUCAAUGGUGCUAUAAGAGGCAAACAAAUGGAAAUCAUGCAUAUGUCUCAUUACUGUUGGUACAAAGUUAAUAACAUUGUAUAAGAUAUAUUGCCAUCUGACAAUAUGUAAUGCUUGCAUGCAGAAAAUUUCUACUGUCUUUGCACAUACAUGUAUGAAAGCUAAGGUGUCUCUUUAUACCCAUUAGAUGUCUAUGAAAUGUGUUUCCAAGUUUAUUCAACUUUUAGAGUAAAAAAUAAUGAUUUGGACAUUCUUUAUGAUUAGAUAAAAAUUUAAGAUUGUAUUGAUUGUAUGAGUAUUUUUGUAGACUUUUGUAAUGAGUUCAUCAAAGGCAUGCAUUUCAAAUUCAUAAACAAAUUUACAUUUGAACUAAAUUGCUUUUCCUCCAUAAAUACCUUUUUUGAAUUUUUUCACUUUGUUAUUAAAAUGUCUCCAAAAGUAGCAACAAAAGGCCUCUUUGGGCCCCAAGUUCAUCUUUCCUUAUAUUGUAUACAUUAUCUCAGCCUCCGUGAAACAAUUAUAGGUGUAGUUAACUAAACAUUGUGAAGGAAAAAUAAUUAUGAAAAUGAACAUAACGUUAUUUUACUUGUGAAUUACAUAAACUUGAUUUUUUUCUGAUUCAAAUAUCUGUUUCAUUGCUCCAUAAGUACUGUUGCUCAAUUAUCACUCUGCCACCAAUAUUUCAUAAAAAUUUUUCUUUAAAUAUGUAUUAAAAAUAAUGACCAGCAAGUGGCAUAAAUGAUCUCAGUCCAUAAUGAACAUAUCUAAACACAAGCAUUCCUCACCUAAUUGUCCGAGAACUCAGAGAUCCACAUAUAAAACUAAAACACUCAGACUGCUAGAUUAGUGACGAGAUAAACACAUGCACCUUGUAAUCGCAUCCGUGCACUAGUUGGCUGAACACAUUGAAGGUCAUCCAUGGAAACACAACCAUACACAUUUUAGCUAUACAAGAACACUAUACAUGUACAAGCCAUUAUAUUGCAGUUUACAUUUGUCUCUAUAAUUACACGUGUGUAUACCUGCUUAUAAUAAAUGUUCAUGUAUUUUCUAUUCGGGCCUGAAAACUCAAAUGGUCUCUAUCCAGCUGGCUGGAAGAACUAUGGUACUUGUAAUGUGCAUGUUAGCAGACACUAUGUGAUAGUGUUGUGUGUGCGUAGUAGCAGUAGACCAAGCCUUUACAAGAAGUUUUUCUCCAACAAUAUUUGGCUUAUGUCCUCCACGAUAACAUGUUCAUUUAUAAAUGGUGGUAUUCCCUGUCAUUUGCACAUUCCAGUGACUACUUCACAAAUGUUUGUUAUCAAAUAAAAUGUACAUGUAUAAGUUUCAGUUUACAAGAAAAUAAAACAUUUGUAUGUG